GCCGGCUGCAUUUCUACCACGCACGCCGCGGCCCCUCCGCUUCCGCUUCCUCCUCUCGCUCGCUGUGUUGCAUCCCGGUGCGCCCGGAACUGGUCCUCUGCUCACGCUGUCGGGACCGCGGCCUCAGGAAAGGACUAAAAUUAGAUUGUAAGAAAAGAAAAUAGAAGCCAUGUUUCGAAGACCUGUAUUACAGGUGCUUCAUCAAUGUGUGAGACACGAAUCUGAAAUAGCUAGCAAUUUUGUUCUGGAAAGAUCUCUGAAUCGCGUGCAGUUACUGGGCCGAGUGGGUCAGGACCCCGUCAUGAGGCAGGUGGAAGGAAAAAACCCAGUCACCAUAUUUUCUCUGGCAACUAAUGAGAUGUGGCGGUCGGGAGAGAGUGAAGUGUACCAAAUGGGUGACGUCAGUCAGAAGACAACGUGGCACAGAAUAUCAGUAUUCCGACCUGGCCUCCGAGAUGUAGCGUAUCAGUAUGUGAAAAAAGGGUCUCGAAUUUAUGUGGAAGGGAAAGUAGACUACGGUGAAUACACGGAUAAAAAUAACGUGAGACGCCAGGCAACAACAAUCAUAGCUGAUAACAUUAUAUUUCUGAGUGACCAGACAAAAGAGAAGGCAUAGAGUGGACGCGUCGUCUUUGGCCGUUGUUUGGUACAGUCUCAUUUCCAAAUCAUGUAUAGUCUCUAUAGGACAAAAAUUAAAAUAUUCUUUUAUAGAAAACAAAUGAUAAUAUUUUUCCUCAUUACGUCUCCCUCUGUGGCUCGUGUCUGUUUGGCAUUCUCUGGUUGUUCACUCCUUCAGGAUGACUUACGUGUGCCGGCGUACGAAAUAGCGGACUCCUGGCUUGUCUGUCAGUGUUUUGGCAGAGGCGUGGAUGUCUUCGGGAAGGCAUGCUCCUCCUGCAGUGUUCACUCAGCCCCUCGGUGCCACCGGGCUUGUCCCCAGCUGUAAACAGUGACGUUCUCACCUGUGUGCUCUGCAGACGUGAGGCAGGAGCUGCGUCUUCUCUGUGUGCCUGGUCAGAGUAGAUGCUCAGUGUUGACGGCUUGAUGCUGAUGGGAUAUAUAGUUCAGUCCAGAUUGAGGAGGGUUGCUGAACAGGGUCCGUGUCUAACCUGAAUGGCUUCAAGGCUAAGCUACCUUCUCCACAUUGUUUGUUUUUGGACAGUUUCACUAUUACUAUUUGUGAAACGUGGUUUACCAACGGUGAAGACCUGAAUGUAGCUAGGGGUGAGCUGGUUCAUCUCCAGGUAAUGAGCCAGGGCUCUGGGUCCAUAUUCUAAUCCUGUCUGAGCCCCUAUUUGCUAUCCUUUCAAAGUCCUCAUCCAGAACUCUGGCAGGAGGCCCUUUUGCACACUAAUAGCCUUUAGUGUUGCUGCUACACACACAGCGGACGCACACUUGCUGUCACUAUGGGAUUCGGAAAUACAGGGUACAAAUGAGUCACCAAUAAAGGUGGCAUAAAAUAAACUCAGAUUUUCAGCACAUCUUUUACUUUUUAAAGUUUGCCUCAGUUCCCCCAGGCCUGCCUUUUGCCAGUUUGCUGCAGUUUCCCAGUGGUGGGCCCUGCUGAGCAGGUGGCCCCGUUCAAGCUGGGGGUACCCCUCCCUCAACUUCUCUGGGCCAGUUAGUCCCCAGCUCGGCCUCUGACCCAGCCCAUGUCUUCUGCUUCCCUGGCUGUCUCCUUUCCGUCAGCCUGAGAGUGCGUGGCGCUAAGUGAAUGGCAACAGGUUCAGAGUCCACGUGCUGCGCUCUGAGCCCUUUAUUUAUUUAUUCUUAGGCAUUUCCUGAGUAUGUGAGCGGCGAAUUCUCUUUGUAGUGCAGUUUGGUUACGGCAAUGUGGAACUCUUAGCUUUAUCCCCUCUUUGUCCAGGAAUAGUAGAAAAUUAAUUGCUGGCUCCCCUUAUGAGUAGGAGUCCAUGGGUGGCACAGACAGGCACUUGACUACUAACUGAAAGGUUGGUGGUUCGAGUCCACCCAGAGACACCUUGGAAGAAAGGUCUGGCAAUCUGUUUCCGAAAGGUAGCAGUCAUUGAAAACCCUUUGGUGCGCAAUUCUGUUCUGACAUGCGGGAUCACCAUGAAUCGGGAUUAAGACUUGAGUGCAACUGGUUUAGUUUUUGGUUUGCUUUCUCUUUUAUCAGCCCCCCUUUUUUUUCUGUAGUUGGGACCACUAGUCAGCAUGUUAAUCUGCUCUCCAGCCAGACACUUUUAAAAGAUGGGGUCUGUAUUCCUUUAUGUCACAUUUCUUAUUUUGAGCAAAACUAUAAGUAGGUGAAGUGUAUCUUUUGGGUAACUCACGCUGGCGCCUGGAUCUGCCCCCAACCUGUGCAGCACAUCUGUUGAGACUAACUCCUCCUCGCAAGCUGGUGUCGGCCCAGGUGGACCUGGACUCUGGCAGCAAGAAGAGCCGGUGGGGUCUUCUCGGCCACGUUUGGGCUCUGCGUUCCCCUUCCUCAUGCUGCUGAGGUGUCAGCGAACAAACCUGCAGAAAGCGGCCCUUGACUUUAACUUGGGGACUCCAUGGUUAAUGGAAAGAGGAAGGAAUGUGAUACGUAAAAGGGAGGAGGAAGUGUUGAACAGCACGUGUGGUGUUCCCCGUUUUUGAAAAAUGUAAUUAACGAAAGUAUGUGCUUAGAAGAGUCUGGAAGGAUGUGAUUAUCUCUGGGUGGGGAAUCAUGGGUGAUUUCCUUACACUUUUGUAUAUCCUAUUAUUUAUUUUUGUUAGCAUCAAGCAUGUAUUACUUUGCUAAUAAAAAAAUAAAUAAAUAAAGCUGUUUUCAUUUUAUUUCCGUUAUUUCCAAGCCAGGCUUGCUUUCCUCACUAACCUCCGGCCAGUUCCCCUUGCACUAGGGGUGAGCCACACGAGCUUUCGCGUGUCUUCCCACUGUCUGCAUUGCAGCGAUUCGUGUUCGUGUGCUUCCUUCACCGACCGAAGACGCAGACGUGAAUAACUGGCCUCACAAGAUCCUGUCUGCUGCCACCAUUACAGGCCUUCAAGAGUUGCCGUUUCUCCGGGAUGCUCACAGGCAUUUCCGGGGCUGUUGUGGGGACAGAAGCACAUCUUCCUUUGGUUGUUGCUGGUCGUUCCAGCUGGGUGACAGCCCAGCCUUUGCAGUGUGGUUUAUUUCCCUGUGUUCCCUCAGGAGCCCCUGAGGUCCUGGCAGGCAGGGCUGGUCUCCCUCACACUGCCUGCUGGCCCUGUCCGGCUCAGCCCCGCACAGAGAUGUUGCAGGGCUGUGUACCGGUCUGCUCUUCAGGGGGUCAGGCGGAACAUUGGCAUGGGGUACGCUAUGCAUUUCUCCGUUGGGUUUGCAUGGUGUGCCGUCAAGACCUGGGGUGCAGGCAGCAAGCAGAGCACCGUGGGGAGUUGGGGAGAGUCGCAGAGUUAAUUAGCAAACAGGUUGCAGUCAUUUUUUACGACUGACAUUCCUUGUGUGCUUACUGGGCCAGGCACUGAGUGCUUUUUAUGCCUUGUCUCACUUGACCAUUACCCUAAGAAGCAGAUACUGUUAUCCCAUUUUAUAGAUGAAGAAGCUGAGACAGGUUAACUCGUCACAGUCAUGCAACUUAUAAGGGGCAGGCCUGGAGUUUGAACUCAGGUGUGAAGUUUGUGUUUUGCUUUCUGCCCACUGCCUUCCUCCAGCUGCCCUCACACAUGCUGGCCCUCCCCUGCUUAUAGCCUUCGAACAGUGCCCACUGCAGGUGUCUGAACCACUCUGAGAGUUCAAUAAAUGUUACAUGUUGGUUGUGGGGCCGUUAUGUGUGAGGAAGAAAUACCUCUACCUUACUCUUGUUCUGUCUGAUGAUCUUGCAGGAAAGUACAUGACAGUUAAUUUCCCUACCUGGUUAUCUCCUAGCAUAGUGCUCUUGAGUCCCUUCUACCAAGUGCUGUCUCCAUUGGCAACACGUCCAGAGUGACAGUCCCUGUCAUUGUUUCUUCCACUUACCAAUCCAGCCAAACCUGUUGCCAUUGGUGAAUUUUGACUCAGAGUGACCCUAUAGGACAGAGUAGAACUACCCCACAGGGUUUCUAAGGAGUGGCUAGUGGAUUCAAACCACUGGCCUUUUGGUUAGCACCUGUAGCUCUUAACCACUGUGCCACCAGGGCUCCUUCCUCCAUCUCCUGGAGUUGAAAUUGUCAGCAAAAUUCACGGACUUGUCACUUUUUUAAAAAUAAUAUUUCAUUGUGUUCUCAGUGGAGGCUUACACAGCAGUUUAGGUUCUGACUCAACAAUUUCUACACAAAUAUCCAGUGAAAUUGAAUACAUUGUUCAUAGUGCGUGAGCGCUAUAUUCUGUUAGUUCCAUCUGGGUCACAUUUAGAGAAUGAAAUAGUUGGUGUGUAUUGGCACUUUGAGGCCCCCUCACUGUAGGGCUCACCUCUUAGUCCCACCGUCUGUGUGGGGUGGUGUGUGCUGUCAGUCACACUGUGUGAGGUGGCGCGUGUUGUCAGUCACCGUGUGGGGUGGUGUGUGCUGUCAGUCCCAUCGUCUGUGUAUCUUUUGGCUGUUGGUACCACACAGCCUAGGUGGUAACACCUUUCUUGUUUCCUUCCUCCCCGUCCAUUUUCUAGUGGACCGUAAGCAGAAGCCAUUUGUUGGAGCUUCCAGGAAAGCUCCACUCUGUUAGGAGUGAACUCUUGGGAGGCUCACCCUUGGUGGUCCCAGAUUCUCAUCCUUUGGCCUUGCCUUUCUUUUCCGGAAUGUAGGCGGGAUGGCUGCAUCUCCAGGAGCAGUCUUGGACCUUGAGGCAAUCUUCAGGAUGAAAGACAGAAGAAGCCGGGAUCUGCAGUGACCGCAGUCCUGGACAGCCCAGUCUUGGUCAGCCCGCCUCUGGUGGAAAGCCAACCUGGAUGGCUUCUGUGGGAGCCACAGUCCCAUCUCUGCCUGUUUUUUUGUUUUGCAGUCAAGCCUAAUCCUUACUAUUCACACAUUCUUACCCUUGGCUCACCUGCACGGUCAACUCUUGCUAUCCUUUCUUUCAGGACCUCUUGCUGCCCCCAGAGUCCUGCAGGUUUCUAAACUGUCUCUUUAUAAAUCUGGGGUGAGAGGGAGGCUGGGACAUGAAAAGUACACAAAACCUUAGCAUUUAGCCUCAAAAAGUAAUCAUAAGCACCAUUCUCUUCUAAUAAAUGCAGUUUAAUUUUGCUCGUAGUCCUCAGGGAGGGCCUUUAAUUAACAGCUUCUGUUCAAGGAAGGAGCGAUUGGGUGAAGGCUUGCUCUCUUGCUUCCCCAGGCUGUGCGGCAGAUAAGAUGCCUGAGGUGGGGGGCCUCCUAGCACAAAAUAGCCAGAUCUGUGCACACUGUAGUUUUUCUUAACGUCAGUGGGCUUGCAGUAAGAAAGGAAGUGACAAGUGACAAGUUUUAAUAUUAAAGAAAAAAAAAAGGGCUGGAAUCAGAACCGCAGUGGGCACCACACAGAAAAUGGGGCUCCCCGGUGAUGGGUGCACUGUGGUCUGGAGAGAGCCUUGAGGUUUGAGAGUUAGUCUAACCAUGGCAGCAAAGCCAGGAAAGAAUGUGGGCAAAGCAAAAGCCUAGAAGCAAAAUUCUAAAUGACAAUGUUAGCCACUGACCGUAUGUGGAAGAGGCAGUGCACUAUGUUAAGUCUGGUUUGGAGCUGUGGUUUCACAGUGGUUAAGAGCUUAAAUGCUAACGAAAGGUUUGCAGUUCGAAUCCACCCUGGGUAUGCACAGGGAGUGUGAUGUUUGAAAAAUCUACAGAUGUGAUCUACCACAUGGACAGAUCGAAUGGAGACCUGACCUGUAUGACCCAAUUAAAAACGAACAAAUAUAACGGUGAAGACGUGUGCUUUAUCAAAUAAAAAAAAAAAAUUUUUUUAAAUCAAAUAGCACUUGAUAAAAUACAUAAUCUAUUCUUUUAUACCAAUGAUCA